AUGGGUUUAGGCCCUACAUGGCUCAAGUGGAUUGAGUUCUGUAUAAAAACCACCAGGUUCUCCAUUUUGGUUAAUGGAGAACAUGUAGGUUUGUUUUCUGCUGAAAGAGGUCUUAGACAAGGAGACCCUUUGUCCCCUUUCCUGUUUAUCAUUGCCAUGGAAGGGUUGGACAGUUUGAUGAGGAGAGCUUCUCUAAACAAUUGGAUUAGGGGUUUCAGAAUAAAAAACAGGGUUAAUGAGGUGAUAGAUAUGACUCAUUUAUUGUAUGCGGUUGACACAAUAAUUUUUGGUGAAGCAGAGCAGGAACAACUCUGUCACAUCAGAAUUAUUCUGUGCAAGAUAGAGAGGUUGCCUACAGUUUAUCUAGGUCUGCCAUUGGGUGCUAAGCUUAAAGCAGUUAACAUACGGGAUGGUGUACUAGAAAAAUCAGAGAGGAGACUGGAACUUUGGAAAUCCCAAUAUCUAUCCUUGGGGGAAAAGUUACUUUGA